AUGCCAACCUCCUCAUCAACAACGUGCUUAGUAGUGUCGGUGGUGCGGGAAGUGCACGGAGAAGGGCAGCCUAGGCACCAGGGGCGUCUAACUAUCGACAACCACAGAGUGAUGCUGAACUGUCCCCCCGCUCCAGAGAAGGGAGACUCUCACGGGCACAUCCUCAUGAAGACGAUCUCCGAGAGGACCUGCGAGCUGGGCAUUUCGAUGAAACGCGAAUUCCGCGUGUGCGAUGAAGGAGACAAUAUGCACGUUCGAGAGGACAUCUGCAAGGGGGGCGACACCAUGUCGCACACGGAGGCCCGCGUUCCGAAGAAAUUCGCAGCGAAGAAGUAGCUCUGGUUGGCAUGGCAUGGCAUGGCAUGGCAUGAUAACUUCACGUAACGCACCAAGUGAUCGGUGCAGGCAGCCCCGUUGUGCGCCUCUUUUGGUCUACGAAGUAUCUUGGCGAGGAUGGGAAGCGUGGCGAGCUGGGGGCAAUGGUUUGUCGGCCGUGCUGGCCAUAGUAGCUAUGUAGCGUGCGUACCGCGCAAACGCGACGCACGGGAAACUAUAAUGCAAUGGUGUCUGCCCCCGUUUUCGGGCUGAGUUUCGUCUCUAUUCUUGGUCAGGGUAUCUCUUCUCUUGCAGACUUCCGCCUGCAUUGUGAAGUAUGUGCGAGGUAGUAAAUAUGUGGCUGCAGGCAGUAAUCUCGGAUAUAAGACGAAUUCAGAUUUCGGAACGAUCACAGGAAGAGUCAGAUAUCCCAUGAAGCAUAUUGGAAGCGCGCCACGGGAAUAAGAAACUUUGGGUGGGGAGAGACCUGUCGUAAGAGGCUUACGUGGUCAAAGCAAUAUAUGGUAGAUCAGGCAAUCAACAGGAAGGCAACGGGCGGGACCACAGGCCGGUGCAGGAUGCCUCACUUACAAUGUAGGUAGAUGUAGGUGAGGGACAGACUAUGACAGCAAUCUCGGAUUUGAGACGAAUCCAAUUCGGAACGGAAACGGCAAGAGUCAAAUAUCCCAUGAAGCAUGUUGGAAAAUGACUCCACCUUGUUCAGUCCCCUUCUCGCUCCCGACAUACGCCGAAGAGGGGAAAUAUUUGACACCAUCCCACCCGCCCUACAAAUACUAAUUCUGUUCAUCAACGCGCUGAUCAUCCAAACGCUUCGGGUCUGGGCAUUCUGUGAUCUGUAUGCCCAGGGCGCCUUCCGGUAGACCGCACAANUAAAAUAAAAUAAAAUAUAUAUCCUCACAUUUUUCAAGAUAAACGAUGCGGCGCAUCCUGUUUCACCCCAAGCAUCGCCGACUCAAGCCUCGUUCUCUACGGCAAUCGACUCCGCUUGGUCGAAUUACAUGCAGUGGACACCACUUUCGAGGUCAUCAGACCUAAUCUCGUUCUAGGACGGCCGUCCCGACUUGGGCCUGGCCGUGGCUCGUGGCAGCCUCAUGCUGCAGGUAGACCGCACAAUCGAAAUCCGAGGGGAAGAGAGGGUAGUGAGACAGCAGCGGAAAAAGCACAGCCGCGGGAUACUGCUAAUCAGCCAGCUGUUGAGAAAGGGUACCACCGAGGCAGCUGGAAAACCCGUGCAAUCUGUGGUUGCUGAUGAAGUUGAGCUCCUCGAAAACGGUAGAGAGCAUGUUGAAGGCAUCCGAGAGAGAUCAUCGAAACGUGGGAAACGACAGCCUGCUGCUGCUGCUGCUGCUUAAUCUGCUGCGGCGGAGAAGGCGAAGCGCAAGGGGGCGGACGCAGCUCUCUCCGACCCU